AUGGACCCGUCCAUUCCCUUAGUAGUUGAUAAUGGUACAGGUUUCGUCAAAGUGGGGUAUGCAGGCUCUAACUUCCCCGAGCAUGUGUUUCCAUCUAUCAUCGGCCGCCCGAUCCUGCGCGCGGAAGAACGCGUCGGGGAUGCCGUGAUCAAGGACAUCAUGGUCGGCGACGAAGCUGCAGAGCUGCGAAACUAUCUGCAAAUGACACAGCCCAUGGAACAUGGCAUUAUUCGCAAUUGGGAGGACAUGAAGCAUCUUUGGGAUUACACCUUCAAUGAGAAGCUACAUAUAGAUCCCGCAGGGCGGAAAGUCUUGCUCACGGAACCACCGAUGAACCCGAAAGUCAAUCGGCAGAGAAUGUGUCAAGUUAUGUUCGAGGAGUAUGGUUUCCAAGGAGUAUAUGUGGCCAUUCAGGCUGUGUUGACGCUUUACGCUCAAGGUCUUAACACGGGCGUGGUAGUGGAUUCUGGAGACGGUGUAACUCAUAUCGUCCCCGUAUACGACGGAUUUGCACUACCACAUCUCACCGCGCGCUUGGAUAUUGCCGGUCGGGAUGUGACUCGAUACUUGAUCAAGCUCCUCCUCAUGAGAGGAUAUGCCUUCAAUCGAACCGCCGAUUUCGAAACCGUCAGAGAGAUCAAAGAGAAGUUUUGUUAUGUUAGUUAUGACCUUGACAUGGAUACAAGGCUCUCGGAAGAGACAACUACACUCGUCGAAAGCUAUACCCUUCCUGACGGUCGCACAAUCAAACUCGGGUCCGAGCGCUUUGAAGCACCGGAAUGCAUGUUCCAGCCUCAUUUAGUUGACAUUGAACAGCCGGGUGUGGCAGAGAUGCUGUUCCAGACGAUUCAAAAUGCUGCUGUCGACGUUCGUACCGAGCUAUACAAGCAUGUUGUCCUUUCCGGCGGUUCGAGCAUGUAUCCUGGUCUCCCCAGUCGUCUGGAGAAGGAGAUGAAGCAGUUGUAUCUGACGAGGGUAUUGAAUGGCGACCCAACACGACUCAAUAAAUUCAAGAUCCGUAUUGAAGAUCCUCCACGUCGGAAGCACAUGGUCUUCCUCGGUGGCGCAGUGUUAGCUGAUAUCAUGAAGGGACGAGAAGAGUUUUGGAUUUCGAGAGAAGAGUGGUACGAGCAAGGUGUGCGAGCCUUGGAUAAACUUGGGCGAGGGGAGAAUUAA